AAGAACCACACACACAAACACGCCGGCCGACAGCGACUGGAGCUGCGUCAAGUGAUAACGUUCAGUGUCACACAUAUUGUGUCUGUGUUGUGGCGUGAGCGACUGAGCCCCGCCCUCUUUUGUCUCCUCCCCUCAACCACCUCAGUUCAGUCGAGUGGUUGAGAGGAAGUUGAGGUUCCGACCGCAGCGUCACAACAUCACCACAUUCAGCACUUCUCUUCUGUCGAGCCUCACAGAUCAUGACCAACUACAGACGGAGACUCACUCACUGGCUCUCGCAGGAUUGAUUGAACAACUGACGGAUAGUUUUUAUAUUUUCUCUCCAAUAUUUUGAAUAGUUCCUCCUCCAGAUUGAAGUCGAAGUAAUUAACCAGAGAGUCAGAGGAAGAGAAAAGGACAAAAAUCGCUGGACCUCGGACGAGUCCAACAUUUUCCCACGUGAAGCGACAAAACCUAAGCUGAUCCAGAACGAUCUGUUUCCAGAGAUGAGGAUCAGAAACACAACCACCACGGCCUCCUCUCAGUUCAUCAGCGAGAUGAACUGGACCUCCACGCCCGAGCCCGACUGCGUGGACUACGACGCCCUGCAGGUCCCGCUGGCGGUGCUGUACUGCCUGAUCUUCGUCCUGGGUCUCGUAGGGAACUCGGUCGCCCUGUUGGUUUUCCUCUGCGUCCACUCCAAGAAGAACUCUGUGCGGGUGUUUCUCAUCAACAUAGCCUGUGCAGACCUGCUGCUGGUGGCGUGUCUGCCCUUCAGGGUCCUCUACCACAGCCGGGGCAACGUCUGGAACCUGGACCCCACCUUGUGCAAAGUCGUGGGCAACCUCUUCUACGUGAACAUGUACAUCAGCAUCACGCUGCUCGGGCUGAUCAGCGUCGACCGCUACCUGAAGAUCCACCGCGGUGCGGGGCCGCGGCUCAGGCUGCCCUCGUCCAGGUGGAGCAGCGUCGUCUGCGCGGUCGUCUGGAUCGCGUCCUUCGCUCUGGCUUCGGUGCUUCUGAUGUCGGGGAGCGACUCGCAGUCCAACAGGUGUUUCCACUACAAGACGUUGCGCGGCGCCGAGUGGAAAGCCCACAUCAACAUGUCCGUGCUGGUGAUCUUCUGGCUCGUCUUCAUCUGUCUGCUGGUGUCGUACGGACGAAUCGCCCUCAGGCUCCUGAGGGCGUCACGGGACAAACCAGACCUGCCCAACGCCGCCCGCUACGCCCGCACGGCCAGGAAGUCCCUCUUCGUCCUCGUCCUCUUCACCGUCUGCUUCGUCCCCUAUCACGUGGUGCGGGUGUUCUACAUCAAGACUCAGAUCACAGACACGCCCUGUUACUGGAGGGGCGUGGUGGACACGGCCAACGAGGUGGCUCUGCUGUUCUCCGCCCUCAACAGCUGUCUGGACCCGGUCAUGUACUUCCUGUUGUCCUCCUCGAUGAGGAAGGAGGUGCUGCGCCUGGUCGGCAACGUGUUCCGUGUGCGAGACUUCGCUGGAGUCAGCGGCAGCAGCUCCACCGUAGAGAGGACAGACUGAGGGAGGGACGGACAGAGGGACGGACAGAGGGACAGACUGAGGGACGGACAGAGGGACGGACUGAGGGACAGAGG